GAGACUGAAUUCAACAGUUAAAAGGCAUAGAGGCAUUCCCAACUGUAGAACUGUAGAAUCAGUUAGUGUCUGAGGGUAUCAAGUUUGCAAAGCAUCAGGAGGUGGACAACAUUUCAGAAUUAAAAGCAGUGAAUACAAACCAAGGCAUCCGAAGGCCAUGCCAGGGCCAGAUGGAUACAGAGAACUAUAUCCAUGCCAAAACCUUCCUGCAUCUAAAACUUGCUGUCCUCCUAAACCUCCGCUUAAGGGUGAGAAAUGGCACAGAGCGACAGACUUUAUUUUGAGGAGAGAUGUCCAAGAGAAGGACCAACAACGCCAGGCCACCCAGCACUCCACAGUGGCACAAAACUCACGCAAAGUAAUUGCCACUCAUGGUCUGGUUGCUCCCCCAAAGAUAAAACCAACCCCAAAACCUCGUCAUCUGAAGAUGCAGAUCCAUGUUGAGCAAUCACAGCCUGUCCAUAAUAUCAUUAUGAAUUAUGUCCCACCUACAUCAGACCAAGCUUGUUCAGAUGGAAAGAAUAAUGACACUCAUUUGGAAAACCGGCACAGUCGUCCAAAAACUACCUCACAUAAAUCAAAACGGGUCCCUCCGAGCAUACCUGUACCUGCCAGACCUCUUCCCAAAGAGCCAGAGAAAAUGAUCUCCAUGAUGGCACCAAAGAAUGAUAUUGAUGAGGGAGUUUAUAUGGACGUAGACACAUCACCAGUCCAGUCUGAAUGCUCCAGCUCACCAGUGCUGCCCCACAGACAAUCAGCUUCUGAGGUUUGUCCCAAUGGCAAACCUCUUUUAUCUUUGUCAAAACCAAUUCCUGCUUUCAGUGUCCACGAUAAAACCAAAAUUCAGCACAAUGAAGUUGGAUUGCGCAGCGAGCUUGUCAGGGAAUGUUUGGUUUCUGAGCUACACAAAAAAUUCUCAGGAGCAAUUAAAGAGAGAGAUUGUAGCACCAAAAAGAGUAAAGUAUUUAAGGCUAAAGGAGAUCAUUCGCCCCAAAUGCUUAGUAACUCUCAGUUAGAAAUUUGCUCACUAUGCUUUCACACCAAAAGACCGACUGAUGGAGAAAGACUGCAUGAAAAUGUAUCCAUCUCAAAACGUAUUUGA